AGGGGGGGGGGACAAGCGAAGAGAGAGAGGCCUUUUAGUCUGACAGGCCUGAUGCUUGCCAGGCCCCCCGUCACUCUGCCCUCAGCUCUGCAUAUCUGACCGGGCGCAAGUCAGUGGCUUGCAUCUGUCUGUGACAGGGGAGUGACGGUGAGCGACGGUGGUGAGUUGACUCUCGAGGCUGCAGUGGAGGAGCCUGUCCAGCAAAGAUGACUCAGUCUGUGCAGGUCAACUCAAAGCUGCCUGAUCUGGGUGCACCUUUUCUGUAUGGGUCCCAGGAGGAGACCGACCAGGCUGGCUCCUACUCCGUCCAGACUCCAUAUGGCUUCCAGCUGGACUUGGACUUCCUGAAGUACGUGGAGGAGAUUGAAAGCGGCCACACCUUCCGCCGCACCCCUGUCAGUAGCCGCCGCGGGGUGCGCGCGGGCAAGCUCUCUCAGCGCAGUCCCGGAGUCGGAGGUCGCGCCAGUGGCUGGACGUCCACCGAGUCGCUCUCCUCCUCGGCUAGCGACGAUGGCAGCCGUGUGCCCCCGCCACCUCCUCCACGCAACCGCAUUGGCUCAGCGCCCGCCGAGGUGCACAUCCGGUCACCCGUGUCUGUCCUCAGCCCGCCACUGUCGGCCGGGGCCAAGGUACCCCCACCUCCACCAGCCCGCAACCCCCGUGUAGAGCGCACCCUCCUGGAGACCAGCCUCCGACUUCAGCAGGAGCAGAGCCAGCUCCAGAAUGGCACUGGGACCAUCCAGCUCGCCGACCCUCCUAGAGGGGCCUUGAGAGAGGCAGGGUGGACGGGCUCCUCAAGCUCCCAACCAGCAACAACAACAGCAGCAGUACCAGCACCAUCAGCACAAUCAUCUAAUGGAGGUGUAAAGCUGAACCCAUUCUCCUCUGCCUCUCCAAGCCCCUGCCCAAGUGGUUUGGCACGUGCCAGCCCUCACACCUCCGGCAGGAGCACCCCGGCAGCGGCCUCGGCCCAGAUGCCCCCUGCCCAGCUCCAGACGGUGAGGGAGCAGAUGGCCUCUGCCCUGCGGCAGCUCAAGGAGAUGGAGGAGCGCGUGAAGGGCGUCCCCGUGCUGGAGAGGGAGGUGGCCAAGCUGCGGGCCGAGAAGGACCAGCUUCUCCAGGUGCUCAAGAAGAAGAAUGAGGCGCCGGCAACCAUGGCAGCCGCAGUCCAGACCGCUCUGGCUGAGCCUGGUACUGGAGGUGAUCAAGGACUCCCACCGCUCUCGCCGACUCACGGACGCUCCACAAGGGUGUCCGAGCUCCGCAAAGCGAUAGAGAAGGCAAGCAAGGAGGAAGGAAGCCAGCAGCAGCAGCAGCAGCAGCAGCAGACAGAGAAAGCAGUACCUGCUCCCGUACAGAUGGCAUCUUUGGCCGUUGGGGAGGACCUACCCAUGAGUGCAGGUUUUUUUUACUACAGACAGGACAUGAAAGACGCAGCCGUGGACGUGAGGUGCGAGGUCACCGAUAAGGGCGUGGGAACGGCACCCGCCGGAAGCGCGUGCGACAAAGGGGUCCAGGUGGAGCCGUCCACCGAGGAGGCCUCCGUCUGGGUGAUGGAGUCCCUGCUGGGGCUGACCAGCGAGACGGAGCGGGAGAUCGACACCCUGCAGGACACAGUCAAGCUCCAGCAGGAGUCCAUACGCGUGCUGGAGGAGCGACUGAGCCGGGCCGACCAGGACCUGGAGGAGCUGCGGGCCCGCGAGCACGAGCACCGCUCACGGGUCACGCUGGACCGGGCCGUCCAGGUCCGGACGCAGACCGCCCAUGUCGGGACUGAUGCGCUGCCUGCCGCACCGCCAAAGAUGUUGCACAGCGUCGGGGUGAGCUGCCGCCCGGAGGUCGCCGAGGCAGGUGUAGGCGGGGAGCAAGCGCCUGCGCCGAGUCAACAAAGCGUUCAGACAGAUGAGGAGGUGGAAGUCAAGAAAGAGGAAGUAGCUAUGGUGGAGACGGUGAGCACUGGAAGCCAGUGGGAGAGCCCCGAGGAGGAGGAUGAGGAGGAGGGCGAGGAAGAGCCCCAGCAAGUACAAAAGAGAGGACAGGUGACCAUAGCUGAGGCUGUGAUGGGCAGCGGGGCAGGGAGGAGAGUAGGAGAGGAUGUGGUCGCCGCACCUGCAACUCCAAGCCCAAUGGGCACUUUGAAAUCCAUCAUGAAGAGGAAGGAUGGGAGUAGCUCAAGCCAGACCCGCAACACAGGCAAGAAGAGCCUGCAGUUCGUGGGCAUUCUGAAUGGAGGAUAUGAGUCAACGUCAAGUGAAGAGGAGGAUGAAGAGGAGGAUGAGGAGGGGAGCUCAUCUGACGGAAGCGGAGCGGGGGAGAGCUCAAGCAGCGAGGAGGAGGAGGAGGCCGCCCUUCAGGAGACCUCAGACGAGGAGAGGAACAUCAACCUGGAUGAGAGUGACAGCGACGAGGGACAGACCGGAUCGGGAGGACAACAGGAGACUGUGAAGGAGAAGUUUGAACUGAGUAUGAAGAUGCGUGAGGCUUGUCUCAUUCUGAAGAACCACCUCAACGAUGAUGCCAAAGCCAUGAAAAGCAAAGAAGUGCUGUCCAGCACUCACACAGUGCAGCUUGAGUGGUUCCGUGUAUCCAGUGCGAAGGCGGCACAACCCUUGCGGGUCUCCAACUACCUCAUGGCCUUCUCUGAGGUGUCUCCUGUCCUGCUGGAGCAUGUUGUCAACAUGACGGACGGCAACGGCAACACAGCCCUGCACUACAGCGUCUCGCACUCCAACUUCAGUGUGGUGGGCCUGUUGUUGGACACAGGUGUGUGCUGCGUAAACCAGCAGAACAAAGCUGGCUAUACGGCCAUUAUGCUCGCAGCGCUUUCUGCAGUAAAGGAGGAGGAUGACAUGGUGGUGGUGAAGAAGCUCUUCAGCCAGGGCAAUGUGAACGCCAAAGCCAGCCAGGCUGGUCAGACAGCGCUGAUGCUGGCGGUUAGCCAUGGGCGGCAGGAGAUGGUGCGGGCGCUGCUGGAGUGUGGCGCGAACGUGAACGUGCAGGACGAUGAAGGAUCCACCGCCCUAAUGUGCGCCAGCGAACACGGCCGGGCCGAGAUUGUCGCAAUGCUUCUGGACCAGCUGGACUGUGACAUUUCUGUUGUGGAUAACGAUGGCAGCAAUGCACUCUCCAUCGCCCUGGAGGCAUCCCAUAAUGACAUAGCAGUCCUGCUCUACGCCCACAUGAACUACUCCAAGUCCCAAGCAGCUGGAGUAAACAAAGGCAACACCAGAAGCCCAACUAGUCCACAGAAACCCUGGCCUGCAGAGUAAUGGCCUGUGAUGGUGGAGGACUGAAGAUAACUGGACACUGGCUUGUUUAACACAGGCCUCCUCGACUGGAAAACUGUCACUGUCUAUAAAAUACAUAUAAAUAUAUAUUUAUACCAUGUGUAUCUAUGCACUACAAUCUGAAAAAAAUAUCAGCUAUUAAAUGUUAUAAGAGUAUACACUACUAAUCAUAACUGUAUGCUGAUACUAAAGUCAUUCUCUUACUGUCUGUUUUGGUCAAUCUUGACCACCCACAAUGGAUUUGCAUUGUGUUCCUGAUGUUACACUCCUGAGUUUUUCAUACCAAAAAGAAAAUAAGUAAUACGACUGCACUAACUUCUUAUGCAAUAUAUGCCAUUGUCCUUAUUUUAUGUAAAAAUAAACAUUUAUUUACGUAUGUAAA